AAAACUUAACUUAAAAAAUCAAAAGGCAAUAACAAGUUAGGACAAAAAAUUAUAAAAAAGAAAAAAUAGAGAAGAAGAAAGUAUGGAGGAUCACCAGAAGGGAAAGCAUGAGAAGGAGGAGAAGGGAAAGGAAGAGGUUCGUUUCCGAGGAGUAAGAAGAAGGCCGUGGGGGAAGUAUGCGGCGGAGAUAAGAGAUCCAUCAAAGCAAGGAACAAGGUUGUGGUUAGGUACCUUUGAUACGGCAGAAGAAGCAGCAAGGGCAUAUGAUAGAGCAGCAUAUAACUUGAGGGGUCAUCUUGCAAUAUUAAAUUUUCCAAGUGAGUAUUAUUCAAAAAUAAGAGGGUCACCACCAUAUCCACCUCAUUUAGCACCCCCUUCAUCAUCUCAUCAUGCAAAUGCAAGUGGAAGUUCUUCUGCCCCGCAACAUAGGCCCAUUUUCGAGUUCGAGUGUUUGGAUGACAAGAUAUUGGAGGAACUUCUUGGCUCAGUAGACCAUAAGAACAAAAAGUAGGGUCAUUCAAUCAUCCCAUAUCCUUAACUACUAAUCAUUAAUAACUGAAUCUCUUCUUUCAAAAAAAUAUAUAUAUAAUAAUUAACUUAAUCUCUUUUUUUUUUUUUUUUUACCCUCUGAUUUUUGGAGAAUGAAGUUUUAGUAAUUCACAAUUCUACUGGGAAGUAAAUAAAACUUGGUUCA